GUUCUGAAUGAGAAAAAGCUCCAAGAAGUUGACAGUUUAUGGAAAGAAUUUGAAACUCCUGAAAAAGCGAACAAAAUAGUAAAGCUGAAACACUUCGAAAAAUUUCAGGACACGACAGAAGCACUUGCUGCAUCCACAGCUCUUGUAGAAGGCAAGCUCAGCAAGAACUUGAAGAAAAUUCUCAAGAAGAUAGUGGCAAAAGAUGCCCAUGAACAGUUGGCUGUAGCAGAUGCCAAACUUGGAGGUGUCAUAAAGGACAAGCUGAAUUUGAGUUGUAUACACAGCCCAAUGGUUACAGAGCUGAUGAGGGGAAUUCGCUCACAGAUUGAAGGGCUUAUUACAGGCCUCCCUGCUCGAGAGAUGGCAGCUAUGUGUCUGGGUCUGGCGCACAGCCUUUCCCGAUACAAGUUGAAAUUCAGCCCAGACAAAGUAGAUACCAUGAUUAUCCAGGCAAUUUCACUUCUUGAUGACUUGGACAAAGAACUGAAUAACUACAUCAUGCGCUGUAGGGAAUGGUACGGUUGGCACUUCCCUGAACUGGGCAAAAUCAUCACAGAUAACCUAACGUAUUGUAAAUGUGUGCGGAAAGUUGGAGACAGAAGCAAUUUUGCCUCCUCUGAUGUUUCUGACAUCCUACCAGAGGAGAUUGAAGAGGAAGUGAAGGCUGCUGCUGAGAUUUCCAUGGGGACAGAAGUAUCAGAAGAAGAUAUAAACAACAUAAUCCAUCUCUGUGAUCAGGUGAUUGAGAUCUCGGACUAUCGCACACAGCUGUAUGACUACCUGAAGAACAGAAUGAUGGCCAUUGCUCCUAAUCUCACCGUCAUGGUGGGUGAACUGGUUGGAGCGAGGCUCAUUGCUCAUGCAGGUUCCCUCUUGAAUCUGGCAAAACACCCAGCUUCAACAGUUCAGUUACUGGGUGCUGAGAAGGCACUCUUCAGAGCACUGAAGACUAAACGGGACACACCUAAAUUUGGCCUUAUUUAUCAUGCUUCCCUAGUGGGACAAACCAAUACCAAAAACAAAGGAAAGAUUUCUCGAAUGCUGGCAGCUAAGACUGCUUUGACUAUUCGUUAUGAUGCCCUUGGAGAGGACACCAGUGCUGAAAUGGGAGCAGAGAACAGACUAAAAGUAGAGACGAGAAUGAGGCUUUUGGAAGAGAGAGGGAUAAGAAGAAUAAGUGGCACUGGAAAAGCGUUGGCCAGGACAGACAAGUAUCAAAACAAGAGCGAAGUGAAAGUAUUUGACCCAUCUGGUGACUCUACACUUCCUGCUGUUUCAAAGAAACGCAAAAUUCAGGAGGUGGAGGAACAAGACGCAGACGUUGCUGUGAAAGCAAAGAAGUUCAAAGCAGAGAUGAAAGAGGAGACAACUGUAGAAGAUGAUGAACCUGUCAAAAAGAAGAAAAAGAAAAAGAAUAAGGAAAAGCAAACUGAAGAAGAGGAGGUACUGAAUGAGGAGCCCCCCACCAGCCCCACGGUUGAGAAUACAGAGAAAAAGAAGAAAAAGAAGAAGAAAAUGAAAAAUGAGGAUGAAGACUGAUGAGGAGCAGGGGUAAAGUUGGCCCUCAGAUAGCCACUUCAGAGUAGCAUUUCUUGACAUAUUAUCAUUAGCCUUAUGCUGAAAACUAACUUCCAUGUGUUGCA